AUGCUGCGCGGGGAGAUCAAACGCAACGGCACGCCCGUCGACAGCAUCUCGGGGUCCUGGCUGACGCACAUCACGUGGGCGAAAGCCGCUGGCGGCAAGCCGCGGACGUACGUGGACGUGCGUAAGGCCCCCGUGCGGUCGCUGGUGAAGCCUCCUGGGGACGCGUCAUUGCCGUCCGACUGCGGGAAACGGGCGGACCUGGUGGCGCUGCGGUCGGGCGACAUGGAGAAGGCGCAGGCCGCGAAGACGGACCUCGAGGAGAAGCAGCGGGCGGAGAAGCGGCUGCGGGAAGCUGCGGGAGUCCGCGACGGCGAGUGA